CAGCGAGGUGCAGUCCACCAAUCAGAUCGCUGCGUGUAGUUUUGGACGCAUGCAAACAGUAGUGCUGUGUGUCUGGUUCAGUCUGAACAGCUCUUCGUUGUCCUUUUCGUGAAUGUUUGCACACAUUCUGUUUCAAAAUAUUUUCCUGCUUUAAUUGAGGAUGUUCAGCGUAUGGUGAAAGGAUAUAACUGUAUAGGAUCAGAACAACAAGAUGCCGUUUUCAAGAGGAAAGAAGCCCACUACCAGUAAAAUCCCCAAACUUCAACCUAAAGGCCUGGAGAACCAGGAUGGCCCUCAGACCAAGCGCUCAUCAUCUUCUCCCCAAGGGGCCCCUAAGAAAAGAACUGCUUUUGUUGACAUCACAAAUGCUGUCUAUCAGUGUUUUAUGGCCCCUCGUUUUGAUUCUGACGGUGUCAAACCAGCACACAAGAUUGAGCUAAGCAACCCCAUCAAGAAGAAAGAUCCUGUCAAGAAGCUGCGGAAGAAGGUCUCGGUGCUUUCUAAGAAUGAUGUCAACUUAAAAUCUGUGGUCAGUUCAGAGGAAAAGUCAGAGGAACUGAAGAAUGUGGAGUCAAAUAUUGAGAAACUGGAAGAAUCCUCUUCCAAAGCUCCAAUUCCUCCACACCUACUGCCUCCUGAGAUCCCUCCUGAGUUUGACAUUGAUUCAGAGCACCUCAGUGACUCUGUGCAUGCAGUGGAGUACGCCAAAGAUAUUUUUGACUACCUCAAGAGCAGAGAGGAAAAGUUUGUCUUACAUGACUACAUGGCUGAUCAACAAAAUCUGAACAACAAUAUGAGAGCAAUUCUGGUGGACUGGCUGGUUGAGGUCCAGGAGAAUUUUGAGCUGAAUCAUGAGACUCUGUACCUGGCUGUGAAAAUGACGGAUCAUUAUCUGGCUGUGAGCCAGGCCAGACGGGAGUCUUUACAGCUCAUUGGUUCCACUGCCAUGCUCAUUGCUUCCAAAUUUGAGGAGCGAGCUCCACCUUGCGUGGAUGAUUUCCUAUAUAUUUGUGAUGAUGCCUACAAGCGUUCUCAGCUCAUCGCCAUGGAAAUCAGUAUCCUGCAGGCGCUGGACUUUGACAUCAAUAUUCCCGUUCCAUACCGCUUCCUCCGUCGCUACGCCAAGUGUGUGAAUGCAGGUAUGGACACACUGACUCUGGCGCGCUUUAUUUGUGAGCUGAGUUUGCUGGAGAUGGAUUUUGUGCCCGUGCGAGCGUCUUUGCUCGCCUCUGCCUGUCUGCUCAUCGCUCUGGUUACUAAGGAUCUUGGAGGAUGGACACAGUGUUUGCAGUUCCACUCUGGAUACAGUGUGGAGGAUCUGGCACCUGUGGUCAGAAAACUUCAUGAUAUGCUCAUCAGCCCGCCGGACAGUAAACUCGCUGUCGUCAGGAGCAAGUAUGCACACAAGGUUUUCUUUGAAGUUGCGUUGAUCCCAACAGUGACUCUCGAAAAGUUGGAGGGGUUUUUGAAAUAAUCUGAAAGAAUAUAUGUAAAGUUUUGAACAUUGUAAAUAAUUAUAUUUAAUGUUAUAUUUUAAUCUUUUGAAAUAAAGUGUUGUGUGUAAAUUGAUAUGAUGUAUAGGCAUGUUUUCCAUUGUAUGUUCAGCUGUUUAGUUGUUUUUACAAACCAUGUUAUUCUUGACCAAAACACUCACCACUGACCCUAGCAGUGUUUCAAAAACUGACAAAAUUACAAACCAUUCAUUGGUUGAAUACAUUAGGUCAUUAGAUUUGUGGUGCUACUAAAUGUUGUAACUAAAAUGGCAUUUUAAUGCUUAAUCUUGUACAUAUAUUUUUUUGUCUUUUUCGUACUGCUUUGUAUAGUUUGCCAUAACUGUAUGUUUUCUUAAUCAAUUGAAGUGUAUUUUUAAACACUGGUUGAUUAAAAAAGUAUUUUGC